UCGGCGUAAACUCUCGUGAGAUUUUCUCUCUCUCUCCGUGUCCAAAAUCGGCUGGUGUCAGCUCGCAAGGACUCUAGAUUCUUUUUCUCAGCUAAAUAACCUAAAUAACCAAGGCUUUCAGUUUUUUUUUUACCUCAGUGAAUUGUUCCACACCAAGGACUCACAGCUUUCUGGAUUGCGAUUGGCUAGACGAAGCAAAACAUUGAAUCAUGGGGAAUAUUUUUGGCAAUCUGCUGAAGAGUCUGAUAGGGAAGAAAGAGAUGAGAAUUCUGAUGGUUGGAUUAGAUGCUGCUGGUAAAACCACCAUCCUUUACAAACUGAAGCUGGGAGAGAUCGUGACCACCAUCCCAACCAUUGGCUUUAACGUGGAGACAGUGGAGUACAAGAACAUCAGCUUCACUGUGUGGGAUGUGGGUGGUCAGGAUAAAAUCAGACCACUCUGGAGACACUACUUUCAAAAUACACAGGGUCUUAUCUUUGUGGUUGACAGCAACGAUCGGGAGAGAGUUAACGAGGCGCGGGAGGAGUUAAUGAGGAUGCUUGCAGAAGACGAACUGCGUGAUGCUGUCCUUCUUGUCUUUGCAAACAAACAGGAUCUGCCAAAUGCUAUGAAUGCAGCUGAGAUCACAGACAAACUCGGCCUCCAUUCGCUCCGCCAUCGCAACUGGUAUAUACAAGCGACCUGCGCGACCAGCGGCGACGGUCUGUACGAAGGGCUCGACUGGCUCGCCAAUCAGCUCAAGAAUAAGAAGUGAGGGGCGGGAUUUGCAUUACGUGGCCGUCUCUCGCUUUGGGAAAGGGGUGGGACUAAUUUGGCCUUCGGAAUCAUUAUGUUUGGUUUCUCUUUGUUUAAUUUUCGUUCUUUUUUGGUUGUAUUCUGGAAAAACACAGUAUGUGGUUUAUGGAGCCUUCUACGCUCUGUGUAAAUCAUCUGUAGGUUUGUACGCACACGCAUUCACACGCAGAUCAAUAUUUCCUCUGUUAACUUUUCCAUUUCACUGUACGAAAAGUGUCGGUUUAUAGCAUCAACGUUUAGUCGAUUUUAUCGUCUCUCCCUCUCUCGCUCACGUGUUUACAAUCAGUGAUCAGUGUUGUCCUUGACUGCCAUGAAAACGAUCGUUGGGUCUGAGCGUGCUCAUGUAUUAUGUAAUAUGCUUAUGUAUUUCCUCGUAUUGUCGAAAUGCUCCGUAGAUGCGAUUAUGAUGCAGUUUGCCUCCUCACGCACACAAUAUCCACAGUCUGCAAUCCCGGCGGUUCGUGAUUGCGUUAGAUACCCUGCUGUGUUUUGCAUGGCUCUUUCUCUCGGUGUCGUGUUAAGCGUUGUGGUGUAGUAGAGGUUAGAUCUGCAUGUACGUGUUUAGUCACACGAAGCUGGUUGGUGUUGCAUGCUGCUUUGUGGCCGUGCUGUACUAGAAUGGACGCUGUACAAUGAAUGUCGCUUAUCACACAUCCCUCGCCUAAAUUGUGAGUCAAACGUGGUGCUGUUGAGUUGUCCACCAUAAUUCGCAUUCAAGUGAAGCUGUAAAUAAAGCUUUUUCCAAUCAAACGCCCCUUUGUUGUAGAAUUGACUUGGCUAGUUGUUGCAUGGGUAUUGUUUUGUACGAAUCACUAGCAUUGUCUGCAUGGCAUGCAUGCUGUGCUGUUAGUCCGAUAGAUAGAUAGAUAGAUAGAUAGUGAAAUGCUGUUUAACACAGUCCUUUAUUAGUUGCUAUACUAAUUUGCCACUGACAUGAUUAGUAGAUUGUUAUGACACUACAUUUUUUGCUUUUGCUUUCAUAUUAAUGAACAGCAUAAAACAGCACACACACAUACAUACAUUAAACCUCGGUAUGUCAGUGGUCUGCGGCAAACUGCAUAAUAACUCGUCUGCUUAUGUGUUUGUUUGCAUGUUUCAUGCUCAUAAUGCGUUUUAUGGGUUCAGACUAACAUCGCCCACAACGAAUGUGAAUUUGUUGAAUCAGUGCACACAUUUGGGCUUUAUUCAUGGUGUUUUGGAUUAUUAUAGUUCAGAAAUGAGAAAAAUAUAUAGAUAUGUAUAUUUAAAGUAGGUUGUCUUUUGUGUUUAACACGUCAUAUUCUAUAACAUAAUCUAUAUCUGUUACAGACUACAAGGACAAAUGAAAAAUCAAAUGCUUACCUAUUUUACCAUGCUAGCUAGUGUAAAUACAACAAAACUGCUUAUCCUGCAUUGCGUGUGUGUCGGUAAUCCAUCCAUCACACAAAAAUCUAACACUAACACAGUCUGUUUGUAAUUGUAUGUGUUUCUAGCAUUGUUUUCUAGUUUGCAUUUUUGGCAUCUUUCCACUUAAUACCCAGCACCUUUACACUAAAACCCAUUGUUAUGACUCUUAUGACUGUAUGAACAUUAUAAAAGGCAAGUCUUUUCAACCUAGGACAUGAUUCGAAUAGAGUCUUGUAUUAUUUUGAGUGCUGUAGCGUGUGGGUGAUGCAGGAACGGGAGAGUUACCAAAACUGAUUGUGUUAUUUAGCAAGACACUUAACCUCAAAUGAUCCAGUUUGGCAAUGGAACAUAAGCUUAGUUAGCCUAACACACUCUACAGUAGUAUUUCAGCAUAUACUGCAAACAGCGAUAUGUUCUACACAAGUCUGCAGUGUGAAUCGUCCAGUCUGUUAAGUUUUGUGGCCUUAUCUUCUUACAAAAGUGUGUUUUCACAAGGUUAUUUAUUAACUAAGUUAUUGGGUCACUGAGUUGCUUGUUUUGUUUUAGUUGAUCUGGGAACAAAAGGGGUUAAAAAAUCUCAAAUAGGUAGUUUGCUUGAUUUCAAAGCAUUUAUUCUUUGCAUUAAAUAGUUUGUGUGCUUAUUGAGUAGCUAGGGUUGACUUUUUAGGAUGGUUUAAAGUUUGAUUUUAUCUUCUUCGAUAUUAUAUUUUUAUUUAUGUAUUUAUUUUGGUGAAUGUGUUUUUACCUGUGUGCUUAUGCAUUUUCUUUGUUGAUUUUUUUACUGUGUUGGGUAAAUCAUUUUAAUGGCUUAUACAGUGUCAGUGAACAUAAUCAAUGAAGGGGAAAACAAUUUCUCACUGAAUAAUCAAUAAAUAAAUAGAACUUAGAAAUCAUGGAUGAAAUGUGUAAUUAUCUGUUACAGUAGAUUAAGAAAGAUUAUUGUUGAUUAUUAUGAUGUAGACACCAAAAUCUUUCUCUCCCUCCGAUCCCUGACUGUAACGCUACGCUCAAAUAAAAACAUGAAAAUUA